AUGCUCAAAAGAAUAUACGGUUUAAAAAACGAAAUACAGAUAUUCUUAAAUUUAAAAAAUUAUGUUUUUCCUCACUUUUGCAAAAUUAAAUUGAUAAGCAAUUUUGGAUUUCUUAUUGACAUAACUCAGCAUUUUAACGAUCUUAAUUUUAAACUUCAAGAAAAACAUAAAUUAUUCAUAAUCUCUAUGAUGAAAUUCAAGCUUUUUGAACAAAAAUUAUAUUUGUGGAAAUAA